AUGGUGAACGCUGAAGAAACACGAGCUGCCUUUUCCGGACUCAUCGAUAAGCCUCCACUCACUGACCAGCUUCUUGCUCGGCCACCAUUCAAGUUCAUCCUCGACGUUGUUACCUCUACCAUCUCCAAGACAAGUUUUCUAAAGGAUCAGUUCCCUGCUGAGGAUCUCAGCCCAGCAAAACUGAAUGAUAAGGCUGCGAAAAUGGCAUUUCUGGAUUCGCUUAUCCAGGCCCUCAACGAUGGCUCACUGGACGAUGUGAAAUCUUCAAAAAUCGUGGCAGGAAAGGAGCCGGAGCUCACAAAUCUGAUGUUGAUAAAACUUGCCGAACGAGCUCGUGAAUAUAAGAAGAGCAAAAAGUCGAGUAAAAAGUCUCAUCACGAAGACGAUGAGAAGGAGAAGUCAAAAACCAAGCACCGCUCCAAGAGCAAGGAGCCAAAGGAAGAGAAGACUAAAACAAGAUCGAGUAGUAAGAAAAGCGAUGACGAAAAGAAGAAGAAGAAAGAGAAGAAGGAAAAGGAGGGUAGACAUAUUGAAGAAGAGGAAAAAGAACAAUUGGAGCACGUUGAUCGCGAUAUCAACAGUAAUGUUGUCGAAGCGCAAGCGGAUCAAGGUUUCGAUGAACCAACAUCUUCUCAUGUGGAAAGUCCAAAGUAUGACAAUGCUCCAGAUGGAGCUGAACAUGGUGAAUUUUCAGCUCCAAGCAAUGCUUUUUCGCCAGCGAAAACUGACGAUAGUGGUGUUAGUGACAUGACCGAAAGUCCUCGUCCACCCGUGCUUGAUAGGCCGAUGACGUCAGCUCUCGCCAGACCUCAGACAUCGAUGGGCCGUCCUGGAACCGCCGCGGCUAGACCAGCACCUCCAAAAUUGAAAAGGAAGCAGAUAGCAACCGUUGAAGAAACGAACGUAGCUCCCGUGCAAGCAGCUGCAGAAGUCAUCACCGAAGCGGCACCAGCUGCACCUGAAGAAACAUUUCUUGUAGAAGAAGAAGAAAGUGAAGACGUUUUGCCCGACACGUUCAAGAUCAUGGAAAAUGAAGUGCCUGAAGACGAAAGAGGAGGGCUAGUACAAAAGAUGAUAGACACGACGGCGGAAUAUCAUGAUGGAAGCCAAGAAACUGCUGACCUCGAUGACGAAGUUGCUGAUAGCAAAAGCCAGUCAUGGCUACAAUCAAUUUUCAAAAAUUUUCAAAAAUUAUUUCAAUCAAUUACAAGUAUAAACAACUUCCUCGCACAACUUUAUAAGUCAUGUAUGAUUAUGCUGUUGCCCAUCAGCAAAGCACCUGCUCUGUUUAUGAGGUCGGACUUGCAGAUCUUUAUUGAAAUAUCAAUAUCUAAAUCUAAAUAG